AUGCUCUCUACCAGGCUUGUGCCUUUACGUCGUUCAGUGAAUAUGGUUUCUCGUUCUGCUGUCAGUAGUAGUAUGACGCUUGGUCUACGGGCCAAUUCGACUGGGGCUAAACUUCCUCCUCCAUAUGUUGAGGAUAUUUCAAAAGGUGCUACCUUUCGAUUCCAAGAUUCUUUGCCAAAAUUACCGGUACCAACUCUUGAGGAGACUGCUGUUAAAUAUCUUCGUUCAGUAAAGGCUAUUGCCAGUCCUGAACAAUACUCCAAUACUGAAAAGGCAGUAAAAGAAUUUCUUAAACCAGGUUCUCAAGGUCCAGAAUUGCAAAAGAAAUUGCUGGCUAGAGCCAAUGAUCCAAAUGUUAAAAACUGGCUUUCUGAAUGGUGGAAUGAAGGUGCUUAUAUGGCCUACAGAGACCCUGUAGUCCCCUAUGUCAGCUACUUUUAUUCUUACAAAGAUGACAAGCUACGUACUAAUCCUGCCACUAGAGCAGCUGCCAUUGCCACUGGUGCUUUGUCGUUCAAGAACCAAUACGAUACCAAGACUCUAGAACCAGAGUAUAUGAAGAAACUGCCCAUUUGUAUGGAUCUAUACCAGUACAUGUUCCACGCAUGUCGUAUUCCCGUAGAGGGAGCUGACCAAAUGGCUCAAUAUCCUACUGACAACAAUACGCAUAUUAUUGUCAUUCGCAAAAAUAGAUUUUUCAAGGUUCCUUACAUUGUCAAUGGCAAGCAACUUAGCACUUCAGAACUUGAGUUAGAGUUCCUUAAGAUCUACGACCUUACCAAGUCACUUGGUCAUGGACCUGCUAUUGGUGCUUUGACCAGUGAGAACCGUGAUAAGUGGACCAAAUUCCGUCAGCAAUUACUUGCUGCUGAUCCUAAGAAUAAGGAGUCACUCAAACAGAUCGAAGCUGCUGCUUUUGUCAUUUGUUUGGAUGAGGGAGCUCCUGUUACCAGAGAAGAGCGUGCUCACCAAUAUUGGCAUGGCGACGGUCAAAACAGAUUUUACGACAAGCCUUUGCAAUUCAUUGUUGCUGACAAUGGAGCUGCUGGUUUCAUGGGUGAGCAUUCCAUGAUGGACGGUACUCAGACUCACCGUAUCAACGACUAUCUUAACGAUGUUAUUGUUAACAAUAAGAUUGAAUUCGGAACCAGCACUGAAAACAGUAGCAGUCACAAACCCGAAGAAAUCACUUUUGGUCUCAACUCUGAGGUCGAGAAAGCUAUUUCUGAGUCGAUCCAAGAUUUUAAGGAAGUUAUUGGAAAGCAUGAAUUGUCUGUCUUUGCCUACAAGGGCUACGGAAAGGGAUUGAUUAAGAAGUUCAAGACUUCUCCUGAUGCCUAUGUUCAGAUGCUUAUCCAAUUGGCUUAUUACAAGUAUCAAGGAGAGUGUCGUCCAACUUACGAAUCUGCUGCUACUAGAAGAUUCCAAUUGGGUAGAACUGAGACUUGUCGUUCCGUGUCUCUUGAAUCUGUCAACUUUGUGAAUACUUUUACUAGUCCUACAGCCAGCAACGCUGACAAGAUUGCUGCUGCCAGAAAGGCUUUUGAUAGCCACGUCAAGUAUAUCAGUGAUGCCAGUGCUGGCAAAGGUGUCGACCGUCAUUUGUUCGGUUUGAAGAAGCUUUUGUCUCCUAACGAAGACGUUCCUGCCAUCUUCUCAGAUCCUAUGUACACAUACUCAUCGUCAUGGUUCCUUUCGACCUCUCAAUUGUCGUCCGAGUACUUUAACGGAUACGGAUGGUCGCAAGUCAUUGACCAAGGAUUUGGUCUUGCCUACAUGAUCAAUGAGAACUCGAUCCAAGUUAACAUUGUCUCCAAGGGUCUAGGCUCUGAAAAGAUGAGACACUAUCUCGAGGAGGCUGCUGAUGAGCUCGGCGAGCUCUUCUCCAGCGAGCUCAAUCAAUCCAAAUUGUAA